AUGAGAGAUAAAGUCAUUCUUGUCAAGGCUUCUCUAACGCUCUUAAAACUAAAAGUAACUAUCAUUGAAAGGUUUGAAUAUCCGUGCGAACCGAAAGACAUUGAAUUGUUUAUUGGUUCGAAGAGAAUUGAGGAAGCUACUCCAAACCAAGAACUGUUCGAAAUGGGUAUCGGGGACGUUUGUGAGCUAGAAAUUAAGAUGAAAGAACAAUCACAACAGCAUUUAACAGAAAACGGCGUGAAUAAUUUACUUGCUAUCGAACCAAAAAGAUUGCCCUCGUGUGACACCUCAGAAUGCUCAUACGAUAUGACAGAAACAUUCAUCAUGUACUUUAAAUAUUCAUCCCAACAAUUAUGGAUUUCUGCUAAAACCACACAGACUCUCGGUGAACUGAAAGAAGCCAUUGGCAAGCAACUGCAAGUGGACCCAAAACAGAUAUUAUUCAAAGAGCAACAUUUAAAUACGAAGCUGAAUGAAACGCUGGCUAACUUGAAAUUAGUUCAUAAAUCCGUUCUCCUUCUCCAAAAGACGGAUAGUUUCGAAGAAAACACUAUUGAAAGCAGAGUGAUACCUCUCCUACUACAUAAAGUUGGAAGCUCAAAUACUGCCAGCACAAUCCGAAUUUCCAUACCAUCGUCCUGUUUAACAGAUGGUAGUUCUUUUUCCUUUACAGCUGAAACAACCGUUUCUGAGAUGAAGUAUGAUAUUCUUAAAAAACUAAAUCUUUUGGAUAAAAGUGACACGAUACGGUGGCGUCGUCAGGCCCAUGUGCUCACCGAUGCAGAAUCGAGUUUGAUGCUAGAACAACUCAAAUUCAAAUUUGAUGAGACUAUUUUACUGGAAAAGAUGAAAAUAUCAACCGAAAAAGAAAACACCGAACACGAACAAAUAGAACACUUUCAUCCAUGUGCAAAAAAUAACGUUACUGAUGUAACUGACUUCGAUGACAACAAAACACACGGGCGGCGAGGUAUGGAUAAUUUCGGAAACAGUUGUUAUAUAAAUAGUGCCCUACAAUGUUUAAGUAAUGUGCCAGAACUAACAAAGUUUUUUAUCGAACAACUAUCACAAAACUCAGAUAUGAAUCCAUUUCAAGAAUAUGGCAAUGUGACAAGUUCAUACGCUGAAUUUAUUCAUGAUAUGUGGAUUAAUGAGAAAAAUGGACGAGCCGUCACGCCUAGUCGAAUAAAUCAAACUGUGAGUCAGUAUGCACAAAGAUUUUCCAGUAGUUCACAACAAGAUAUGCAUGAAUUUACUAACUUUCUCUUAGAAGCAUUACACGAAGAAUUCAACCGAGGAAUUUAUAGGUCAAAUCGUAAACAAAGUACCAUAAUAGCCGACCUCUUCCACGGUUGCAUCGAAUCGAUCGUCACAUGUGCGACAUACAAACAUGUCGAAACAACCCCGAAUAUCAUCAGUUUUUUACCUCUACCACUCGAGAAGCGUGAGCGGUAUUUCUAUGUUCAUUUUAUGCCAGAAGUCGGAAGAAAAGAACCGCCAAAAUGUUUACAAGUACAUUCAAGUGGAACAAUCUCAGAUUUGAUGUUACGAUUUAUAGCUCACCGAUGGCCAGAAUCUCGGUCAACUGAAUCGAUUCUAAUCAAAUAUAACUAUAUCGGAGUCUGUUCAGUAGAUGAUGAAAAUGAGAAAUAUGAGCCGGAUCAACCACUGAGUAAAAUCACAAAUCAUCAAAUUGUAUUUUACGAUACGAAUAAAUAUCUAAAUCAUUCGAGAUCAAAACUCGACGUACGACAAACGAGGAAUAACUUCGAUGUCUACGAUUGUCUAAAAGAAUUCUUAUCUACGGAAAUUAUUGAUGGUGAUUGGUAUUGUCAAAAAUGUCAAAAGAAAUCAGAAGGAACUAAAAAGAUAGAUCUCGUCUCAUUGCCGCCUGUACUCAUUAUUCAAUUAAAGCGUUUUAUUUAUAAUGAUGAUAAUAGACGUUGUAAGAAUACAUCAUUCAUCAAAUAUCCAAUAGAAAAUUUUGAUUUAAAAGAUUAUGUUCAAAACAGUCAACAGUCGACAAAAUACAAUUUAAUUGCCGUUUCAAAUCAUUUAGGAUCAAUACGUGGUGGACACUAUACAACUUAUGCAAAAAAUUUUAAAAAUCAUCAAUGGUAUCAUUUUGAUGACACAAGAGUUUCUCAUGUGACCGGUGAUAUUGAACAACAAAUUGUUAAUCAAAAUGCUUAUGUACUGGUUUAUUCGCAAGAAAACAAUCGCGCAUCGCAAUAG